AUGACCAUCCUGGUCGAGCAGGGCGGCCGCAAAAAGAAAUUCCAGAUGCACAGAGGGCUGCUUUGCCACUACUCCGAGUACUUCAACACCCUGCUCAACGGAGGCUUUGGCGAGUCCGGUCGCAACUUCCACAAGCUGACGGAGGUCGAGAUCGACACUUUUCAGGUUUUCUUCUAUUGGCUGAACACUGGCGUCAUUUCCGAUGGUGGCGGUCAAGACCUGCAAAAGGUUGAGAUCAUUAAGGUCUAUGUUUUCGCCGAUUGCUACCUCGUCCAGGAGCUGAAGAACAAGAUCCUAGAGGCUCUGUUCCUGAGUGAUGUGAAGACAUGGGCUGUCUCUUCCUUCAUCAAUCCCCUUAUCUACGACCAGACCCCGGAAGGCUCUCCGUUGAGGAAACUUCAUGUCGACCUUACCUUAGAGACUGAAGACUUCAAGGACUGGAGGGAGCACUUGGAACACUAUCCAAAGGAAUACUUGGCGGAUCUCUUCGAUGCGUGCCGGGAGAGAAAAGUGGUUCCGGGGAGUGCCUUUGGCUUGGACAAUGGCGGGACGGAGGGAUGGAUCAAGGAGAAGAUGGCGCACUUCUGCGAGCGAUAUCACGACCAUACAAAGCCGGAGGCCCGUGGCUCUGUCGGCAAUGUGUAA